AUGCAUGGUAAGCCUGCAACUAAGAGGAAGAAAUCUAGUACAGAAAAUAAAGGAAAACACAAGGUCUCUAAGGCUGGAAAGAAGGUCAAGUGCAAUAUAUGCAAGGUGAUAGGUCACAACAAGGCUACUUGUCCAGAGAGAAGACCUCAAAAGUUAAAUGUGAAGAGACAGAAGAAACAGAAAGUUAGUGUCAAGCAAAAUGCAGGAGAGGGUACUAGUAAUGAAGGUCAACAACAUGAGGAGGUUCAAAUGACUCCAAUUGAGUGUGUGGCUAAUGUUCAAGUGCAUGAGGUUCUUGAUGAUGUUCAAGUGCAUGAGGGUGUAGCUAAUGUUCAAGUGCAGGAGGUUGUGGCUAAUGUUCAAGUGCAGGAGGUUGUAGCUAAUGUUCAUCAUAAUAGAGUAAGACCAAUUUCAGAAAUUUUGAAGAGGAUAAGGAGAAGGAAGUCAGAGAGAAUGUUGAAGCUAAAAUUAGGAAAGAAAAUCGGUGGUUGUGAUGAUGUAGUAUAUUCUAAGGGAAAAGCUCUUGUUAUUGAUUAG